AUGGGUCCAAUACGGGCUCUGGCGGUGCUGCCUGCGGUGUUGUGCAUGGUGUCACUGAUAUUGUCGUUCCUGUGUCUCUUCGCUGGCUCGAAGAAGAACUUCAUGGAGGAUUAUGCUAUCAUUACUCUCAACACAUCCCAAAUCGGCCAGGACCUCCCAAUAUUCGACGACAUCAACGACAGUCUGUUUGAACGAGACGUCACCGCUGCUGCUGAUGUGGCGAGCCCUGUCAUCACUGCUGCGCCUGAUGCCACACCCGCACCUGAUCUCUUCAGGCGAUCCGAGUCGCAAAACUGGGCCGAGAGCGUAUGGAGCAAAGGCACUGCCGACGUAGCCAGCGUCUACACCAAAGCGACUGGCGCUAUUCCAAUCCCAACCAAGGCCGUGGCGGCAGUGGACUGGCUGAAAGAGGAAGGCCACGAGAUCUCAGAAGAGUUGGUGGAGGAAGCAGAAAGCCUGACGAACCGAUUCGAGAACAUGAUUGAAGAGGGGCUGGGAGACUUUGCACAGGUCCUUGGGCUUCACGACUUCUAUUCGGCACACAUCCUCAACUUCUGCGAAGGCUUCUACGUGCCUGCAUCCGCACCGAACGCUACGCUCGGAUCAGGAAGCAUACACAAGAACGUCACCCACUGCUCCCGCAAAACCGCAAUGAAGACCUUUGACCCGGAGAAGACGAUCUCCCGCGAGCUCAAUGAAAGUACGAAUGGCUUCAUCGACAUCUCAGACGUGGAAUGGCCCGACGACAUUCGGGACGGCAUCAACGCUCUCAAAGUCGCGCAGAAAGCCAUGUUCGUGCUCUACUGCCUCGCCAUCGGCUUCAUCUUCCUUGCGAUGGUAACGGCUAUGAUGGGCAUCUUCUUCAAUGGCCGCCUGAGCGCUUUCAUCAAUGUUGCCGUGGACUCGCUGGCGUUCAUGUUGAUCACCGUCGCAAGCGCCAUUGUCACGUUCGUUGCGGACAAGGCGAGCCAUUUUAUCAACGAACAUGGCGAUGAGAUUGGAAUUAGCGCGACGAGAGGCAACAAGUUCUUGGCUUUGACAUGGGCGUCGACGGGACUUGUGUUUGUUGCGAUGUUGGUGUGGGUAUACUUGCUAUUUACCUCUGUGAAGGGAGGCAUGAGGAAGAGGAAGGAGAUGGAGCAGAAAUACGGAUGA